AUGGCUCUACCUUAUACCACCAAUCCUUAUUUUUGGCCUCCGGGCGGCGGGCCUCAUGAGGGAAUAUUGAGAAUUGGAUCUCGUGAGGUAGGCAUGGAUUCCACAUUCGGAGGUUUGGGGGGUUCCAUAUUCGCGGGUAGGGGGAUAGGUGGGCGAAUAUAUGAGAAUCAGGCAGGCAGGCAGACAGGCAGGGCUUCAAAUGCAUUGAAUUCCAUACACAUUUGUAAUGUGACGGCGCCGAGGCGAUUGCUACUCGGCAGCGGCACAGAGGAGGAUGGGUGGUUGGAAACCGGUUCGGACACCUGCGUGAUGUCAUGGGAUAGAUGUGAUUAUCCGAGGGAAACGAUGGGCCGUGUGGAGCCGUCACGGGGCCUUGGCGCAACCAAGGGUGUGACAUCAUAUUCCCUUCAAUACUCUGUAUCUAAAUCAUCAUCAAAUUUCUCUGCCAGGAUCUUGAACUUGUGCCUGGUAGGAUACGGCUUUGUACGUGCAACCGAACACGCCCUUAAACAACUUGGACAUCGUCUAGGAAAAAUGUUUUUCCAGGUGGCCUUAAGGCGUGGUGGUGGCAACAAGCAACAAUUGGCUAUUCUGCACACGCAGCAGCGCCUUAACGAGUUGGAAGCGCAGAUACGCGAAGACACUUUUAUCAAGCCUCAACCAACCCGGGAUGUCGCCGUAGAACCGCCGCUAAAUCGACCCGCAGAUGAUAUCGAUGAUGAUAACGAAACGCCGCCGCGAUUGGAGAUUAAGGAUUACUAUCGAGGAAAAAAUAGGUUAGAAUUUAAGGAUUAUAAAGAUCGCAUGUUGACUCUCUUCGCACGCCACCGCCGAUACUAUCGAAAGGAAGAACGCAAGAUAAACGACGCCAAACUCUACCUUGAUGCUCACGUUAAGCAGAAAUGGAUGAACAACUUGCGUGGCAAGGCACUAAAGGUGCUACGCACGGAACUUGAUCGACGCAAUGAUAAGCCUCGCAAUUACGAAGAAUUGCUCCGAAGUCUACAGACAAUUGAGGAAACUAUGUCAGAGCGACGACGUGCCAUUCGCAAAGGCAGACCUGCGACAUUUGUAGGAAAUCAGCGCCGCCCUGAUAGAUCUAGCAACCGUCGAAAUAAGAGGAAAUGA